UGAAUUAUGUUAGUUUCCAUUCUACCUAUGUUAUUGAGUGUGGUCAAAGUAAAUCUGAAAUGGGACAAAGUUGGUUGCUUUGUAUGGUUGUUGAUUUAUGAAGAACAGAAUUAUCUACUAGCAUCGUAUUUAAAGUUGAAAAAUAUUUUCAGCUGCAAGCAUGGAUGUAGGUUUUUUAUUUCAAUGAAAAGUGUCACAUUUUCCUACCUAGUGGUUGAUUGAAUAAUAAGAAAAGGUCACAAAGAUGUAUUUGUACAACUUGACUCUUCAACGAGCCACGGGUAUCACCCAUGCAGUGCAUGGUAAUUUUUCUGGUAGUAAAAUGCAGGAAAUUCUGGUUUCACGUGGGAAGUCAUUGGAACUACUAAGACCUGAUCCAAACACAGGAAAAGUUCAUACUCUUUUGACUGUAGAAGUCUUUGGAAUCAUAAGAUCUUUAAUGGCCUUUAGAUUAACUGGUGGUACAAAAGACUAUAUUGUUGUUGGAUCAGAUUCUGGGCGCAUUGUAAUUUUAGAAUAUAUUCCUGCCAAAAAUGUUUUUGAGAAAGUACAUCAGGAAACAUUUGGGAAAAGUGGAUGUAGACGCAUUGUACCUGGACAAUAUUUAGCUAUAGAUCCCAAAGGAAGAGCUGUAAUGAUAGGUGCAAUUGAGAAACAAAAGCUUGUUUAUAUUUUAAAUAGAGAUCCAGAAGCUCGUCUUACAAUUUCUUCACCUUUGGAGGCACAUAAGAGUAACACAUUAGUUUAUCAUACUGUGGGAGUAGAUGUGGGUUUUGAAAAUCCUAUGUUUGCUUGUCUAGAAAUUGAUUAUGAGGAAGCUGAUAAUGACCCUACGGGAGAUGCAGCGGUAAAGACGCAACAAACAUUGACUUUGUAUGAACUUGAUUUGGGUUUAAAUCAUGUUGUACGCAAAUAUAGUGAACCUUUAGAAGAACACGCAAAUUUUCUCGUGUCUGUUCCUGGAGGGAAUGACGGGCCGAGUGGUGUUCUUAUUUGCUCUGAGAAUUAUUUAACAUACAAAAAUUUAGGAGAUCAACACGAUAUUCGUUGUCCGAUUCCGAGAAGACGUAAUGAUUUAGAUGAUCCCGAAAGAGGCAUGAUAUUUGUAUGUUCUGCCACUCACAAGACAAAGAGCAUGUUCUUCUUUUUGGCUCAAACCGAGCAAGGGGAUAUUUUUAAAAUUACACUCGAGACAGACGAAGAUAUGGUGACUGAAAUUAAAUUAAAAUACUUUGACACUGUACCUGUUGCAGCAAGCAUGUGCGUUUUGAAAACUGGUUUCUUAUUUGUAGCCUCGGAAUUUGGUAACCAUUACCUUUACCAAAUUGCACAUUUAGGAGAUGAUGACGACGAACCAGAGUUUAGCUCUGCCAUGCCUCUUGAAGAAGGUGAUACGUUCUUUUUUGCACCAAGACCACUUAGAAAUUUAGUACUAGUCGAUGAAAUGGAUAGCUUAUCGCCGAUAAUGGCAUGUCAGGUAGCUGAUUUAGCAAAUGAGGAUACUCCUGAGUUAUAUAUAACUUGUGGUAGAGGACCACGAUCAACGUUACGGGUAUUACGGCAUGGUUUGGAAGUAUCCGAAAUGGCUGUCAGUGAACUGCCUGGUAAUCCAAAUGCUGUGUGGACUGUUAAAAGAAGAGUCGAUGAGGAGUAUGAUGCUUACAUCAUAGUGUCCUUCGUCAAUGCUACUCUUGUACUUAGUAUUGGAGAAACUGUAGAAGAAGUGACUGAUUCUGGAUUUCUUGGUACUACGCCAACACUGAGUUGCUCUGCUUUGGGAGAAGAUGCCCUAGUACAAGUAUAUCCUGAUGGGAUACGUCAUAUUCGGGCAGACAAACGUGUGAACGAAUGGAAAGCUCCUGGUAAAAAAACUAUAGUGAAAUGUGCAGUAAAUCAACGUCAGGUUGUAAUUGCACUCACGGGAGGAGAAUUGGUAUACUUCGAAAUGGACCCUACGGGGCAAUUGAAUGAAUAUACAGAACGAAAAAAGAUGCCAUCGGAAGUAAUGUGUAUGGCGCUCGGAAACGUAGCUGUUGGUGAACAAAGGUCAUGGUUCUUGGCUGUCGGUCUUCAAGAUAAUACAGUAAGGAUUAUUUCCCUAGACCCUUCUGAUUGUUUAGCACCCAGGAGUAUGCAAGCUUUACCGGCGGCCGCGGAAAGUUUAUGUAUCGUUGAAAUGGGUGCUAAAGAUGCAAAUAAUUCUGAAGAUUUAUCACCACAACAGUCCAGUCUCUAUUUAAAUAUAGGUUUACAAAAUGGUGUUUUGCUAAGAACAGUAUUAGAUCCCAUUUCGGGUGAUCUCGCAGAUACACGAACUCGAUAUUUGGGUUCUCGACCUGUUAAACUGUUUAGGAUAAAAAUGCAGGGAAAUCAAGCUGUGCUUGCAAUGAGUAGCAGAUCAUGGUUGAGUUACUAUUAUCAAAAUCGUUUUCAUUUAACGCCACUGUCAUACGAAAGUUUAGAAUUUGCAUCAGGCUUCAGUUCUGAACAGUGUCCGGAAGGAAUUGUGGCCAUUUCGACGAAUACGCUUAGAAUCCUUGCUCUCGAAAAGUUAGGUGCGGUGUUCAACCAAAUUAGCUUUCCUUUGGAAUAUACCCCGAGAAAAUUCGCAAUUCACACAGACUCUGCACAUCUGAUAAUUAUUGAAACGGAACACAAUGCGUAUACUGAAGAGACGAAACAGCAGAGAAGGUUACAAAUGGCAGAAGAAAUGCAAGAAGCUGCAGGAGCAGAAGAGGCUGUGGUAGCGAGAGAAUUGGCUGAAGCUUUCUUAUCUGAGGAACCCAACGAAGCCGUGUUUGGUGCACCAAGAGCUGGACCUGGUUUAUGGGCGUCGUUAAUAAGAAUAAUAGCUCCCACAACAGGGCAAACGUUUGAAGUACAUCGACUCGAACAAAAUUUAGCUGCUUUAUGUUUGAGCCUUGUGAAAUUUUCUAAUCAGGGAGAUCAACUGUUUCUCAUAGUUGGUAUCGCAAAAGAGUUCCAAUUGAAUCCAAGAGUUAGCAGUGGUGGCUUUUUAUAUACAUACAGAGUGAAUAGUGAAUGUACCAAUCUCGAAUUGGUGCAUAAAACCACUUUGGAUGAAGUACCUUUGGCCAUAUGUCCGUACCAAGGAAGGGUAUUAGUUGGUGUCGGUAGAAUGUUGCGUUUGUAUGAUAUGGGCAAGAAGAAAUUGUUGAGAAAAUGUGAAAACAAACAUAUUCCUAAUGCUGUUGUCUCUAUCAAUGCAAUUGGGCAAAGAAUUUAUGUAAGUGAUGUUCAGGAAUCCGUAUAUGCUGUUAGAUAUAAACGCCAAGAAAAUCAGCUUAUAGUCUUCGCCGAUGAUACGCACCCGAGAUGGAUAACGACAACGUGCGUUCUAGAUUAUGAUACCGUUGCCACUGCCGACAAAUUUGGAAACAUUGCUGUUAUACGCUUAGCAAGUGGAAUUAACGACGAUGUGGACGAAGAUCCAACUGGGAACAAAGCCUUAUGGGAUAGGGGUUUAUUAAAUGGAGCCAGUCAGAAGGCAGACACAGUUGCGUGCUUUCAUGUUGGUGAAACUGUUAUGUCUUUGCAAAAGGCAACUCUUAUUCCCGGUGGUUCUGAAAGUUUGGUGUAUACGACAUUAAGUGGAACAGUUGGCGUCCUCGUCCCCUUUACGAGUCACGAGGACCAUGAUUUUUUCCAACAUUUGGAAAUGCAUAUGCGCUCGGAGCAUCCACCACUUUGUGGAAGAGAUCAUUUAUCAUUUAGAUCGUAUUAUUAUCCUGUAAAGAAUGUAAUAGACGGAGAUCUUUGCGAACAAUUCAAUUCUAUUGAACCGACAAAACAGAAAAGUAUAUCUGGCGAUCUCGAACGAACAGCUUCCGAAGUGUCAAAAAAACUUGAGGAUAUUCGUACGCGAUAUGCUUUCUAAGCUUUGGAAUAUAAUUUAUUAUCGAAUUAUUACGAACUUGCAUUCCGUUUUUAUGAACUCAACAUAUUUUUCAUAAUAAUGAAUGAAUACGCACUGAUUAAAUUAUUUGUAAAAAAGAAAACAUUACGUACAUAUUGUUUUUAAUAAGCAGACUAAAAGGAAAAUGUAUAAAGACGUCAACGCGUAUUAUGUAAUAAGUAUGAAUAAUGUUUUAUGUAUCAUAUAAUCACAUUGAAUGUGAUGCUAGAAGAUCGUAAACGGAAAUUGUUUAAAUUGAAAGAAAGGAAGUUUAUUUCUAGUAGACAAAUAGGUCUCUAAAUUAAUUUGUGUAAAUUCUUACUUUAUUUGUUUAUCGUUUCAUCCUGCUUAAGAAAACACUGUAACGAAAACUAGUUUUUUAUUGAGGUAAAAUUAUUGUAUAUCCAAUCGAUUUCUAUGAUUAGAUGUGUAUAUGCAUCGAGUGUGUAUGUGAUUUUCGUCAAUAAUAUUUUAUGGUCUCAAAAAACAUUACUCCUAAGUAUUUUUUACAUUAUUAAUUAGCAUUAUUGAUGAAACAUCAUAAUAUAACUUUUUUAGUUCAUACUUGUUACAGCUUAGCGAGAAAAAAGAGCUCUGAUGAUGAAAAAACUGAGCUCUGAUAUCUAGUGAAGAAAAAAUAGAAAACACUUCGUCGACCUAUUUUAGCAUUAUAAAUACAGUAUGCAUAUAAGACUGAACAUACUGUCUCAACAAUUCUUCAACUAAAAAUAGAUAAUGGUCAAAACAGAUAUUUGAGUAAUGACUAAUUCGACAAAUAAAAGAAUUAUAUGAUGUAUGCUUCUCGAAAUUAAAGUGUAAUAUUCUAUUUAAAAACGAAAAGAAAAAUAUUUCAAUUUUUUAUCUUUUUAAAAAAUAUGUUCAUUGUACAAUGCAUAUACUUAUAAACUAGACAAGAGACAACGUUGUAUUGAAUAAAUUUCUCCCCAAAAAAUAGAACAAAAGUCGAGUGUUUCAAGCAUGUAUAGGUUUUCAAAGCAUUAUUAUUACCCUUUUUGCGAGCAUUCCGCGAACUCAUUUCUCUACUCCACUAUUGCUUCUUCUGUCUGUGUGCAUCCCUUUCGACCUACAAUUCGUCGCCAAUAGCGCUCAGGGUUGUAGCUCGCAUUUUUCUCCGUGAGCUUUGAAGCGCGAAGUUAAUCCGCGUGCCGAAGCGUAUUGAGGGUAUAACGCAACGUUAUUACCCCCGUUUAACCUUCAGACAACUACAAGUAGGUUACAGGGUAUGAAGUUUAGAUGCCCUAUUUAAAAAAAGGCAAAUAUGCAGGACAAAAGAUUAUGAUUAUUUUAAUGUAUCAUAUUGGAUCAAUAAACAAAGAAGACGAA